AUGCAGCAAGUACCUUGGGAGUAUCAGCUGGCCGUGGCCGAUUACUGGAAUGGGGGUCCGGCGGCCAUGGAGCCAGCAGCUACUGCAUGGGUUCCUGGCCUCCCUCUGGAGAUGACAGUCGCUGCUCCUGCUGCUAGCCACGGUGAUCUGGCCGUCAGCUCCAGCGGACGGCAGCACCAGCACCAGCUGGUCAUGGUGGAGAGCACCACUGACAAUCACCAUGGCCGGUACGAAUGGAGCGGUCCGGUGGAGGCGUUCGAGGAAGCAGCGCGGGCGUUCGAGGACAAGCUCGGCAUGGCGGAGACGAAGAUCCAUCUGUUCCCGGUGAGCAUGGUGGACCUCGCCGAGCGCUACGCCGCGCCCAGGACCGUCUCCAUCGGCCCCUACCACCACGGCCUGAGCCCCGCCGUCCUGCAGAUGGAGAGCACCAAGCACGUGGCCUCCUGGCACUUCGUCAGGGCCUCGGGCCGCUCCGUCGAGGAGGUGUACGCCGCGGUCUGCGCCGUCGCCGACGAGGCCCGCGGCUGCUACGACGAGGGCAGGGUGCGGGGUCUCGCUGACGACGACUUCAAGCCCAUGAUGUUCUUCGACGGCUGCUUCCUGCUGCAGUACCUGCUGUUCGCGUGCACGGACGGCGACGACGACGACGACGAGGAGGGGAUGGCAGUAGACCCGGCGCUGAGGAGCGCCUUCAGCUCCGACUCCGACCGCAUCUUCUCCGACGUCGUGCUGCUCGAGAACCAGCUCCCGUGGGUGGUGGUCGAGACGCUCAUGAGCUUCGUGCCCGCGCCCGGCCUGGACCUGCCGAAGCUCGUCGGACGCGUGAAAGGCUCCCUGCAGGCCCGGCAGGCCCUCGGCGAGAAACCUCCCGCGUGGGACAGCAGCUACACGCCGCCGCACCUCCUCGGCCUCCUGCGGCACUACAUCGUCGGAACCGGCACCAAGCUCUCGUCCGACUCCUCCUCCCGCGGCCUAUCCGAGAAGGCCGAGAAGGUGUCCAUCUCCGUGAGCGCCGUGGAGCUCGCGGAGAUGGGCAUCCAGCUGACGGCCACCAAGACGGGGGCGGAGCUGAAGGAGAUGGGCGUCAAGAAGGGGUUGCUCUCCGGCGAGCUCUUCCUGGCGCCGCUGUCCCUGGACGACGCGAACGCGGGGUUCCUCGUCAACAUGGCGGCGCUGGAGCUGUGCACGACUCCGGACUUCUACGAGGCCGACGAGGAGCGGUCCACCGUGUGCUCGUACCUCUGCCUGCUGGGCAUGGUGACGGACCGCGUGGAGGACGUGCAGGAGCUGCGCACGAAUCACAUCUUGCAGGGGGGAGCGGGGCUGACCAACGAGGACGCUCUCCGCCUCUUCAUCAGCCUGGAGAAGCACCUGCGGCCCGGGAGAUGCUACGUCCGCACCAUGCUGGCCAUCGAGAACUACAGGGUCCAUAGGCCGGUGCGCACCAUGGUGUACAGGUUUGGCUACAAGAACAUGAAGACUAUCGUCACCGUGCUGACCAUCGUUGGCGCACUUGUCGGUUUACUCCAGGCAGUCAAGCCUAAAAAUAACUAAAGUAGUGAUCUAAACGCUUUUAUAAAAGUUU